AUUUAUAUUAAAAAUGCCUUUCGUCUCGGUGUGCCUUUCGGCAAAGACUUCGUGCAACUCUUUCCACUGCUUUCUAUCUGCUGCUACUCUUAUCCUAGGGGAUCCAGGACUAAUUUUGAGUUCAUCCUACCGUCUACUUGGUUUGCGACGUCGGCUUCUCAAGCCAUCCUUUGCUAACAGCUUAGGUUGCUGCUCCAAAAUCUACGCAACUAGAAACCAUGGCUCUUAGCAAAAAAUGUCCUGAAAUACGCGAAGCCGGCGAGGAAGAAUCCGGUCAGCUUCGGAGGCUUUUCAAAACAUUGGAAGAUUGCCCCGGAUUCAUUCGUGUUGGACCAGCAGGAUAUCUGUUUUCGGUAAAAUUUGAACCAGAAAUAGAAAACAUAUACAACAUAGAAGUGAGACCUACGGACACUUUCAUCGUCACAUUUCCAAGAUCAGGGACAACGUGGACUCAAGAAAUUGUCUGGUUACUGUUGAAUGACUUAGACUACGCUAAGGCAGCCUCGCUUCAUAUUGUCGAGAGAUUCGUAAAUAUAGGAACCUCCAUUUGGGGAUUAUCAUCCAGAAAAACGGUGACCCACAAAGAGAUAGAAUUGAAUAAAGAAGACCGACGGAAAUUCGAAAAAGUUAUAGUACCUGGCUGUGAGCUGCUGGCCGCAGCGACGGACCCUCGUUUCAUCAAAAGCCAUCUUCCAUUAUCCAUGCUACCUCCUAAUUUGAUAGAGACAGCUAAAGUAGUAUAUGUUGGAAGAGAUCCACGUGACCUUGUAGUUUCACUGUACCAUUUUAGCCGCCUUAUCUCAGUACCACUUUAUACAGGAGACUUUAAAACUUUCUGGAACAUGUACAUGAACGAUAACGUUGUAAGAGCACCCCACCUAUCACACGUGAAAGAAGCAUGGGAUUUAAGAAAUCAUCCAAAUAUGCUGUUUCUCUUCUAUGAGGAACUCAAACAAGACCUUCCCGGCACAAUCAAACGCAUAGCAAAUUUUUUUAAGAAAACCUACACAGAUGAACAAAUAUCAGGGCUUUGUAAACAUGUUCACAUAGAUAAUUUCAGAAAUAAUGACUCGGUCAAUGUGAACUUUUUAUCGAAAGUCGAUGGUCUAAUACCAGGAGAAGAACCAUUUAUAAGGAAAGGAAAAGUCGGUGGCUGGCGCGAUUACUUCGAUGAGGAGAUGACUAAGGAGUGCGAACGAUGGAUGGCCAAAAAAGUGGAAGAAACUGGUAUUCAGUUUCCAACUUAUCCGUAAUCGUGAAAUAGAUCGAAUUAAACCACAAAAUUUGUUCUUCCUUUCAAUUAUUUCUUCGCUA